CAUCCGAGCUCGAGCCCGAGCUCGAGCCCGAGCAGCUCACGAGCCCAAACGAGCUUGGGCCUUUAGCUGAAUGCUGAUUGAUUAAUCAUUUAGUCUCCCAUGGCCAUGGGCCCACCCGGCCGGCCCACUCUCCAGCCGGACCAGCCCCCACCGUCCAUCGACCCAGAUCGUGAUCACCACCACUUGAUGCUCAUCAGCUCAUGCGAUGGCGAUGCCCUAGUCUCCUCCUGACUGUCUCCCUCUCGGCCGCCUCUCCCAGACUCCUCCCCCGAUUUCGGCCUCUCCCAGACUCCCACUCGACAGUCGACUCCCAAGUCCCGCCGCGCUCCGCCUCCCUUCGCCCGCACGCCGCGCCCCCUCCGGCCCUCCUUCUCCUCCGAACCCCUCCGGCCCUCCUUCUCCUCCGAACCCCUCACCCCUUCCAUCAUCUGGACGACUGGACGGCUGGACCUCGACGAGACGACGACUCGAUCAGUCGAUCCCUCGACUUGCUCCUCCCGGAUCUUCCCCGACUCCGACCGGCGACCCCCGACCGGCGACCGGCCGACCCCGACUUGCUGAAAUGUCAGAUGGCCAACAUGAAUUCGAUCAACAUGCCUCUACAGCUUAUAGUGCAAAUGAACUUGUUGAAUUGGAAAAUAUUAUUGAUAAAGAUGAUGCAAUGGAUGAAAUGAAAAAAAUGGGUACAGGACAAUCUUCGGAUGACCCAAAUAGGAGGAAGAGAUCUGAGGUGUGGACUGAAUUUGAUAUCGUAACAGUAGAUGGCAACACAAAGGCAAAAUUCAAUUAUUGCAGUGCUAAAUUGGCAUGGAAGAAGGGGGGUGCCACAACUCAUCUCAAAAGACAUUUAAAUGCUUGCAUGCCUCGAAAACUUUCUAAGUCUAGCGAAGACAAAGAGUUAAAACAAAGCUUAUUGUCGUUUGAUGUUACUCAAGGUCAUGCAAUGCUAGCAACUUACAAGUAUGACAAAGACAAGAUAAGAGAGAUUCUUGCAAAGAUGUUUAUAGUGCAUGAGUAUCCUUUUAGGAUGGUGGAACAUCAGUUCUUUGUUUUAUUCUGUAAAGCUCUUAACCCAAAAUUUGAGCUAAUAAAGCGGGUUACUUUGAGAAAUGACUGCAUGAAAAUGUUUGCAAUUGAGAAGCAAAAGUUGAGGUCAUUGUUAAGAAAUGUUGAUAGAAUUAGCUUAACGACUGAUCUAUGGACCUCAAAUCAAACAAUAGGGUACAUUUGUAUCACUGGACAUUUCUUAGAUUCUGAAUGGAAGUUGCAAAAGAGAAUUUUAAAUUUUUGUAGCUUGGCACCUCCCCACACGGGAAUUGCUAUUGCUAAUUGUAUUCUUCAGUGUCUAACUGAAUGGGAGAUUGAAGAUAAGGUUUCCACUAUUACGUUAGACAAUGCAUCUUCGAAUGACACAGCAGUUAAAGUCUUGAGGGAUAAUUUUGCAAUCAAAGGAAAGCUUUACUUCAGUGGAAAAAUAUUUCAUGUUCGCUGUUGUGCACAUGUUUUGAACCGAAUGGUACAAGAUGGUUUAGCAGAAAUACGGGAUGUAAUUGAGAAUAUCCGCGAAAGUGUGAAAUAUCUGAAGAUGUCUCCUUCACGACUUCAUAAGUUUACUGAAAUUGUUAAACAGUUGAAGUUGUCAACCUCUAAAAUUCUUCAACUUGAUGUGCCUACUCGAUGGAACUCAACAUAUGAAAUGCUAGAGUCGGCAUUGGAGUUCAAACCGGUGUUUCCAAUGUACAAGGAAAGAGACUCCAACUAUAAAUGGUUACCAUCCGAGGAGGACUGGAUACGAGCUACAGAGGUUUCAAAAUUUUUGGAAAUUUUUAAUGAAGUCACAGAAGUGUUCUCAGGACGUCGAUAUCCAACUUCAAAUUUGUUCCUUAAUGAAAUUUGGAGAGUGAAGGAGAAAUUAAAUGAAAUGUCCUUUGAUACUAGAGAUUUUGUGGUGCGCAUGACUCGAAGAAUGAAUGAAAAAUUUGAGAAGUAUUGGGGAGACUGUAACUUACUAAUGGCAAUUGGAGCAGUUUUGGAUCCUCGCUAUAAAAUGCAGCUCAUUGUAUUUUGUUUUUUUCACAAAUUUAUGGUGAGGAUGUUUUUCAACGCCAUAUUGAUGAUGUUCAUGAAGCUUUAGAUAUGCUCUACAAGGAAUAUGUAUCUUCAGAUGGACAAAUAGAUGUUGAUGCUAGCAAUAUCCCAAGUAUCUCUUCCAAACUGCAAAAAAAAAGAAGGGCUAAUCAUCGGUUUCAUAUGUGGGCUCAACAACAUAGGAAUGCUAUUCCUUCAAACAAAACUGAGUUGGACAUGUAUCUAGAAGAAGAUAUUUUCAAGCCUAGUGAUGAAGACUAUGACAAGUUUGAUGCUUUAAAUUGGUGGAAAGCCAACACUUUAAAAUUUCGCUAUCUAUCAAAAAUGGCUCGGGACAUACUAUCCAUUCCUAUUACUACUGUUGCUUCAGAGGCUGCAUUUAGUGCUGGAGGUAGAGUGCUUGAUCAAUAUCGUAGCUCUUUGAAGCCUGAGACUGUACAAGCUUUGAUUUGUACUGGAGAUUGGUUGCGUCAAGAGCUUCGAUUGGAGCAGUCAUCAAAUGUUGAUGAAGAGUUUACACAAUGGAACACCGAGACUGGCCUAAACGAGACUACUUGAGAACUUGAGAUUUAUUAUGUUUAUUGUGUUUCUUGAACUCUUUUGUAGAACUUGAUUUGUAUGGGAUGUUUUUUAGUUUGUUGAGGAUGAACGAUAUUUUGUCAUGUACUAAUGUUAGAUCUCCACCUUUAAUUUGGAUCUUCAGAUGGAGUUUUUGUGUUUGGUAGAGAAGGCCGGUCUGAUGCUGCAGCCCACCGAUGACCCUUGUUAUUUGGCUGAACUUGAUGUUAGAUUGUGUUUCAUUUGCAUAUUUUGUUUUCCUGCUCUCAUCUUUUUGUGUUUAUCAAGUAGUCUGCUACUGUUGCAUGCGUGGUGAUAAAGUUUACACUCUCUUUCUUUCUUUAUUUCUUUAACCAGGAGUAAAUAGGAUAUAUGUCUAUACCUUUACACACUACAGCAUUGCUUAAUGUUUUGUGCUGGUUUAUUAUGGCUAAAACUCACUGAAGCAUCAAUUAUUUCUAUGUUGUUGAGUGCUGUCACCCCUGCAACAAGCUCCUGCCGCCGCCCCGAGGUUCUCCAUGCGCGUCGCCUCGAAGCAGGCCUACAUCUGCCGCGACUGCGGCCUGCGGUUACAUAUACAAUGAUAGAACACCCUUUGAGAAGCUUCCAGAUAAGUAUUUCUGCCCUGUAUUUGUUUCAUAGAUGGCGGGUGAGCCCUAAAGAAAUUUGCUCAUGGUGAAGGAGAAUGCUAUAUAGGUUCUUCUAAUGGAUGCUCAUGGUGAAGGAGAAUGCUGUAUAGGUUCUUCUAAUGCUGUAUUUGUUUCAUUCUUUGGCUGUCACCAGAGUUCAUAAUGUUAGAUCCUACUGUAAUAUAAGUCAAAUGCAAUGUUCCCUGCAUAAUGAAUUUUGAAAUAGCGUGCUUGUUCUUCAAACGUAGGACUAAUUAAUAUGUUUCGAUGCCUGAGUAUUAACAAGUCAAAACCCUUUCUCCUGAUGAUGAGAAACCAGCAAAGGUACUUUCUGCAUUUAAAUAUGGUUGCAUGAAGACAGACUCAGGUGACUGCUUACCUGAUGUCUGAGUUUCAUUACAAACUCAUUAAUCACAGAGGAUGCAAUUUGCAUCUUUUUUUUCCUUUUUUGCUUGUCAACGAUAAUGCACUUUCCUUCACAUAUUUCCAUACAAUGUGUGUGGACUCAUGGCCGAAGUUAGUGAUGGAUGCUCAAGUGCUUAUGAUUCGACCUCCCUACAGGAUGUCUGUCUUCUGUUCAGAUCGCACUUAUAAAUGGAAAAAGGUUGGUCAGUUAUUGUUUCCUUUCCAAAUGUCUUCAGGGAAUUUUGUGCCUUUAUGUAAGACCAGAAGGGUGUGUUUAUGAAGUUAUAGCAUGCACUUCUCUAUCUACAAGGCAAUGCAAGCAAAAGCAGGCAGCCAUCAGCUUUCCUUUUGAAGCUUCUGAAUCAUUUUUCGUUCCUGUCAUCAUGUUUGCUUCAUCAUGCUAUCGUUCCUGUCAUCAUGUUUGCUUCUGAAUCAUUUUUCUUUCCUGUCAUCAUGCUUCCUGUAACAACAGAAUAAGUUAAUGUACUUAUGUUUCCAAUUUCAAGUUGUGAGGUUUCUGUUAAACAA